CUGAGACGAUACCUCCCAUCCCAUAGAGAGAGGAGCAGUCAGCCCACAGAGAGAGGAGCAACCAGGAACCCCGGACCCACUCAUGGAGGACAAACGCACCGUCAACUUUGGGGCCGGACCCGCCAAACUCCCCAAGUCUGUGCUGCUUCAAGCCCAGAAGGAGCUCCUCAGCUACAGCGGCAUCGGUAUCAGCGUUCUGGAAAUGAGCCACCGGUCGCCCGACUUCAGCAACAUCAUCAACAAGACGGAGAGCCUCUUACGAGAGUUGCUGAAUAUCCCCGACAACUACCGGGUGCUGUUCCUGCAGGGCGGCGGGUCGGGCCAGUUCAGCGCCGUCCCCCUCAACCUGAUUGGCCUGCGGGAGGGCCGGAGCGCCGACUACGUGGUGACCGGCACCUGGUCGGCCAAAGCGGCCAAGGAAGCCGAGAAGUACGGGAAGGUCAACGUCGUCCACCCGAAGCUGGACACUUACACCAAAAUCCCAGACCCUUCCACCUGGACCCUGAACCCCUCCGCGUCCUACGUGUACUACUGCUGCAACGAGACGGUCCACGGCGUGGAGUUCAACUUCACGCCCGAGACCAACGGGCCGGUCCUGGUCAGCGACAUGUCCUCCAAUUUCCUGUCCCGGCCCGUGGACGUGAGCAAGUUCGGGCUGAUCUACGCCGGGGCGCAGAAGAACGUGGGCUGCGCCGGGGUGACCGUGGUCAUCGUGCGGGAGGACUUGCUGGGCCACGCUCUGAAGGAGUGUCCAAUCGUCCUGGACUACAAGGUCCAGGCCGAGAUGAACUCCCUGUACAACACGCCGCCCUGUUUCAGCAUCUACAUCAUGUGUCUGGUUCUGGAGUGGAUCAAGAACAACGGCGGCAGCGCCGCCAUGCAGACGCUCAACAAGCAGAAAUCCUCCAUGAUCUAUGACAUCAUCAACGCCUCCAACGGCUUUUAUGCGUGUCCCGUAGACGAGGCGUGCAGAAGCCGGAUGAACGUACCGUUUCGCGUCGGGAAGAAAGAAGGAGAUGGCGACCUGGAAAAGAAGUUUCUGGACGGAGCCUCCAAACGUGGAAUGAUUUCCCUGAAAGGACACAGGUCAGUCGGAGGAAUCCGGGCAUCUCUGUACAACGCCGUUACGGUGGAGGACACUGAAGCCCUCGCCCAGUACAUGAGAGAAUUCCUCAAAGAGCACCAGUAAAACCAGCGGCACCUAAACCUCCUUCUGUGGCACUUCUGAACGAAGUACACUUUAUAAAAAAAGAAAUCAAACAAAAAAAAAAAAAAUAUGUAGUUGCCUUCGAUGUUACAUAUGAGAAAUGCACCUUUGGCCUUUUUUAAAGCUCUCAUUUUUUUUCCCCGAGAGCCAUAAACCAGUGCCGUAGCUAUUUCUGUCUUAGACCUAUUUUUUUAUAUAGAGUUCAUAUUAAAAAAGUAUUUGUUUACUAACCUUUCUUUGAUGGACAUAAUCAAAGACAUUCUUGAUACCUUAUGUCUUUACAUUCCAAUAAAUUCAACUUGUAAAAAACUGUUGGCCUUAUGGUUUGAAAGCUGUUGGUUCUUUGAAAGAGGCUAUGUUUGAUUAAAAAAAGCCAGUUCAAUUCUUGAAUUAUUUUAUUAACAAUAGUGAAGGGGAAAUAAUGAUUAUUCUUACUACUUAAUUUCCUAAAUGUGAUGUUUUAAACAAGUAGUCAUGGUAAUUAUUACACUACGAAUACAUUCGGCGUGAACAUGGAAUGUCGGAGAAUCCUGA